AUGAACUUUUUUUUGUCGACGACAAAGACAAAGCAAACAUGGCAGAGCGCCGGCACAGCGCCAAUUAACCAGAUACCACGACAUUUGCGGUCCUCCAUCACCAUCAUGGCCUGGCAGAGGCCGGUUCUCGCAGCUCGGACGUUCCGGCUCCCACGGUGCUUGACGCAAUUCGAGGCCUUCCGAUACCAACCAUUUUCGACCACUACUUCUUCCCUUGACGAUUCCCCCAAUGCCGCUCCUCCGCUUGAUCCCAGUGGAUCACUCAGACAGCCAACUCGCAUGCUACCCGUUUCCCGGUCAUACUUUACCGGGACACCCAAAUUUACAGACUACGAGUUGAAGCUCGAAUACCUGAGAGCCAAAUACAUGGAUUUGCCUAGCUAUGGCCCUAGGGAAGCACCUCGAGUAGCAUGGCUGGUGAGGGGUCAAUUUUUGGCAAAGGUCAAUGAAGACAUAUCCGUUUCGAGGUAUGCGAGGCUAUUGAAAAGCUUAAAAGUGUUGAACAAGAUCAAGGCAGAAGUAAUGCCGGCAGAAGUUUCGAAAUUCAUUGAAGAAUUCUCAAGGCCGAGAAAUCUAUACCAGUGGGAACUCAAUCCACGGAAGCCUGAUGAGCAUGGCCGAUCUCGUGGCAUAGGGAGGCGAAAGACUGCACAUGCAACUGCUUAUCUUGUUGAAGGAGAUGGCCAGAUUAUCAUCAACGGGAAGACCAUCUCAGAGGUAUUCCCUAGAAUUCAUGAUAGAGAGAGUGCAAUGUGGGCGUUGAAAGCAACGAAUCGACUACAUAAAUACAAUGUAUUUGCUGUUGCUCGUGGAGGCGGUAUCACCGGCCAGGCGGAAGCAGUUACUCUUGCCGUUGCGAAGUCACUUCUUGUCCAUGAACCCGGUCUGAAAUCUGCCCUGAGAAGAGCUGGUGUCAUCCGAACCGAUCCCCGUCAAGUUGAGAGAAAGAAGCCGGGAAAGCUCAAGUCAAGGAAGAUGCCCGCCUGGGUCAAACGAUAA